AUGGACGGAUCAUCAAUAGCGAUAUCGGUAGCAGAUCCCAAAGAUGCACAUGUUGAAAAGACUACGUUACGGCCGAUUCGAGACACGGGAGGAAAGAAGCCGUUACAACUAAGUCAAGAAAUCCUCAAAAUUGACAAUGAAAAUCUAAUUAACCAUGUCGAAGUUGAAUCAAAAAAAAAGUACGAGGAAGCUCCGAAGAAACUACAAGUGGCUACUGUCUGCAAUCUUGCUCGAGGAUAUCAUAGCUUUGUACUGGCCGGGACCGGGUAUGGGAAGUCGAGGAUUGCAGAACUUUACUUUCACCUGUAUGCGCCGCAAACAAAGCCGGUGGUGAUCGUGCUUAACCCGUUGGAUUCGUUGGGCAAAGACCAGGUUCGAGAGAAAACAAAUGCAAACAUCAGUGCAAUCAGCCUCGGAAAAAUGAAAAUGACAAAGGAUCUAGUAGUGAAAUUGAAGAGAGGAGACUAUGCUUUUAUUUACCUGAGCCCCGAAGUUUUCUUGAACAACGAGUUGUUCACAGAUGUAUUCUUCAGCAGCGAGUUCCAGAGCCGACUCGUUCUGAUUGUUUUAGACGAGGCCCACAUGGUGUACGUUUGGGGCCUAGUUGAAUCGGGUAAAGCCAAGUUCCUGUCGGUACGGGAUCGUCUUCAAGAUUACGGCAUCUUCCGACCAUUGUAUGGAAAGCUUGGUGAUCGCUUGAUGGCCACGAACCAUGUCCCCCUGCUUUUGUUAUCUGCAACCUGUCGUCCAGUCGCUGUUGAAUCAAUUUUAGGAAGCUUGAUGCUAAAAAGGGUCGAUAUUGAAUUUUUUCACGGUGAACUUGUACGGCCUGAAAUCCGAAUCCUCAGGUUUUACAUGGAAUACCCACUUAAAUCUUGUGACGACCUGCUGAGAAUGUUCUCGAAACAAUCGGAGAUACGUAACGAAGAAUUAAUUCCUAUGCUGAUUUAUUCUGGCACACGCAAGGCAACCCUGAGUGUGAUCAAUGUUGUCAAUAGAGCUCGAGGGAAAAAGAAAGAUGCUUACAACAGUAAAAGCCGGCUUAUUCGACGCUAUCAUGCCUGUACCGGAGACGAAGACAAGUUAGAUUGCGUGGAAGACUUUGAAAAAGAUAAAUUUCCAAUAUUUUCAAGUACAAUGGCACUUGGAUUAGGUCAAAACUGGAAGCGAGUUCGAUGUGUCGUACACAUGGGUCGAGGCGAUCCAUCAACCAUUAGCCAAAUGAUGGGACGCUGUGGAAGAGACGGACGACCAGGAUUAGCGCUAUUAUUCAUGGAGCUAAAAAGAAAAAAAGGGAAGAACAGUGUGAAAGAUUUCAAAAUUGGUAAAAAGCAACUCACGGAUGAUGACCGUAUGGAUGCGUAUGCUGUGACUCCUGUUUGCUUGAGGGUAGCAAUUGCUGUUGAUAACUGUUGUGGAUACAUACCUAUUUCCAGGGACGACCCAAACUAUCUGAAGGAAGAAUCUCGUCAAAAGUCAAAAAACUUUGACUGCUGUAAAUGCUCAAACUGUGAACCAAUCGCUGCAAAUAAAAUACACAACUCUGCGCACCUAUUCACCAAAGAAAAUUUUGAAGAUGUCUUGAGCGAUCCUGGCCAUUUCACAGAAGGCUUACCCGAGUACGUUAAACCCAAGAAGAAGAGACAUACCAAAAUCAAAUACAAAAGCCGAUUCCCAAAAGCCGUUGUCAAGAAGAUUUCCGAUGAUCUAGUAACUUCGUUCGAAGGAUUUUACCAUGAUGUUAUGGGAUCAAAGCCGAGAACUAAAGCAGCCAAGUAUUUUACUGAAGACAACGCAAAAGCUGUGGCGCAAGCAAUUGAAGAAAUAAAGGAAGCUAGUUUGAUUGCAAAACUUAUUGGAGGGGAAUGGUUCGAUAACCAGGUCGACAACAUGUUUUCUUUUAUUGAACAAUACAAAAAAACUGGAUGGUUUGAACAGCAAGUUUUCAAUUUGGAUGAGGGGAAACGACGAAAAGAGAAUGAAAAACAAGAAAACUUGCGAAAGAAAAAAAACGACAAUGAGGAGAAACGUCAGACCAAUGAAAGGAAAGAAGCCGAGAAACUGGCCAAACGUGCGGAGGAUACCGCAGUUCUGGAGGGUUUCAAGCGAGUUCGUGCAGCCGAAGCCGAGGAGAAAAGGGCAAGAGGAGAUUUUCCAACAACUUUGGCAGAAACUAUUGUCUCCAGAAGAUAA